AUGGUGACUUCCAGCAGCAGCGAUUAUGAUUAUAGUUAUUCAUCUAGCUCCUCUGAUGAGGAUUUCAAAGCUUCUGCAGCCAAAUCGAAAACUAAGACAAAUCAUGCUGAGGGGGCAAAGCCUGAUAUACCCCUUAAUGACCGGAGAGUCACCUAUGCUGAGCUUAUGAAGAGAAAAUCCAGGGAUGAUGAGGCGGACGACCGUCGGCGUAGAAAGGAUCGAAUCCAUCGUAGAAUACUAGCAGCUGAGGAAAGACGUCGAUUUUCUGACGGUGUACCUUCCGACUCUGAUGCUUCAGAAUAUGAACCAGUGUGGGUGCCACGGGAUCACAAGAUUAAGCCAGAUCGUCGUACCAGAGAGCUCAAAGAGAUUGUGAAACGGUUUGAGGGUAAAACAGAAGAGGAAUCAGACUCGGACUCAGACGAUCCUAAUAUCCAUCCAGACUUCAUCAAUGGACCUGAUAGUGACUCCGACGAAGAAGAGGAGUCUGAGAAGGACGGUGAUGAUGAAUCUGAUAAAUGUGACAACUCGGAUGAAUCUGACGAGUAG